AUCCCAUUUCACCAACACCCAAAGCCUACUCAUCUCCUGUUGGCUUUGCGGUUCUUGAAGCAGUAUCCUACCAAAGAAACCUUGGCUGGACAUGGAGGUGUGACCGAGAAGACUGCAUUACUUUGUUGUUGGAAGUAUGUUGAAGCCAUUCAAGCUCUCAAGGAACAAAAGAUUGUAUGGCUAUUUGAUGACAUUGAUAAAUAUAAAGAAGUGUAUGUAGCUUGUGUUGAUGGGGUCCAUUUUUGGAUUUGGGAACCAAGGAAAUUCCCUUCCACAAAAUGGUAUUCUCCAAAGUACAAGAAGGCCGGUCUUGCCUACAAAAUUGGAGUUGCAGUUCACCACAACAAAAUUGGGUGGGUGAAUGGACCUUUUCCAGCAGGCAAAAAUGACAAAAAGAUUUUUGAUAAGCCCGACGGUCUGAGGUCAAAACUAAAGGACAGACAGCGUUGUAUUGCAGACCAAGGAUACAGGGGCAAUCUUGAUAAAGUUGUGAUUCGCAACAACCGUCAUGAAGCACCGACUAAAGACGUGAUGGAGCAAGGCAAGAAUCAGUCAACAGUAGACUGA